CGUCUCCUCAACCCGGGAUGUGCACCUACCCCGGAGAGCGAGAUCAAAGGGAUUUGAAACAGACUGAGGACUGGCGGGGGGAGGGGGCCAGCCAGCCUGUGGAAUCCUCCCGGAGAGGCGGAGGUCCGUCCGGCUUCCACCGUGACUUCGGCGGCCUGGUUGGGUCUUUAUUAUUAUUUUCAAAUUUCUGAAUCCAGCUUAAGCGAGAGAGCAAGAGAUCUCCGUAGACUGCGACUCCCUGGCUCUCGCUCCAAGAUGAUGCAGAGCGCAGCUGUCCCCACGGAGGGGGCUGUCAAGGGGCUCCCGGAGAUGCUUGGUGUGCCGAUGCAACAGAUCCCUCAGUGCGCUGGCUGCAACCAGCAUAUCCUGGACAAGUUCAUCCUGAAGGUCCUGGACAGACACUGGCACAGCUCUUGCCUCAAGUGUGCGGACUGCCAGAUGCAGCUGGCUGACAGGUGCUUCUCCAGGGCCGGGAGCGUCUACUGCAAGGAAGACUUCUUCAAGCGCUUCGGCACAAAAUGCACGGCCUGCCAGCAGGGCAUCCCCCCGACCCAGGUGGUGCGCAAGGCGCAGGACUUCGUCUACCACCUGCACUGCUUCUCUUGCGUCAUCUGUAACCGGCAGCUGGCCACGGGGGACGAGUUCUACCUCAUGGAGGACGGGCGGCUGGUGUGCAAGGAGGACUACGAGACGGCCAAGCAGAACGAUGACUCCGAGGCCGGGGCCAAGCGGCCCAGAACCACCAUCACAGCCAAGCAGCUGGAGACGUUAAAGAAUGCCUACAAGAACUCCCCCAAGCCCGCCCGGCACGUGAGGGAGCAGCUUUCCUCGGAGACCGGCCUGGACAUGAGGGUCGUACAGGUUUGGUUUCAGAACCGAAGGGCCAAGGAGAAGCGCCUGAAGAAGGACGCGGGGCGGCAUCGCUGGGGGCAGUUCUAUAAGAGUGUUAAGCGGAGCCGGGGCGGCAGCAAGCAGGAGAAGGAGAGCUCUGCGGAGGACUGUGGGGUCAGUGACAGUGAGCUGAGCUUCCGAGAGGAUCAAAUUCUCUCAGAACUUGGCCACACCAAUAGGAUUUAUGGCAACGUGGGGGACGUUACAGGCGGACAGUUAAUGAAUGGGAGCUUCUCCAUGGACGGGACAGGACAAUCCUAUCAGGACUUGAGGGAUGGGAGUCCCUAUGGAAUCCCCCAGUCUCCCUCCUCCAUAUCGUCCCUGCCAUCCCACGCUCCUUUGCUCAAUGGGCUGGAUUACACGGUGGACAGUAAUUUGGGCAUCAUUGCGCAUGCAGGGCAGGGAGUGAGCCAGACGCUGAGAGCCAUGGCUGGGGGACCCACCUCUGACAUCUCCACGGGAAGCAGUGUAGGCUAUCCCGACUUUCCAACGAGCCCAGCCUCUUGGCUCGAUGAAAUGGAUCAUCCUCCUUUUUAAACAUCUCUCCUCCCCACCCUACCCGUCCUGGCUUGAGAGAAUAUCUUCAAGGAUCAAAAGAGACUUGUCUUUUAAGGAUCAAAAGUGCGCCAAUGUGAAUUUCCAUUAUUUUCAAUGGAAGUCCUCCACUGAUCCCUAGGCGGGCGAGAGACCAGACCACACAAGGGCCCUGUUAUCCUGGGGAAGUAGUGGGAAGGCAGCCUCCUCUUAGAACACAGCACAGGGGUGCAGAGCCUGGAGCGCUAGGGUGCUGCUUGGUGGCUUCCUACCCCCAUCCUGCUUACAGGCUUUGGCUGCUCGGUGCUUGGUAGCACGAGGGGACCGUCAGGCCACCUUGGCCUUUGGGAACUCUGCUCCGACUGGUGCGUCCGAUGAGAUGCCUCUCGAACCACUACUACUGCUCUCACCAGAACUGAGGUUGCUGGGGUAGAGGCGUCAUGGCCCUUGAGUAUAGUAAAAGUGAUCUCUGGACCACCCUAUUGAACUCAAAUUUUGAAAAUAAAAAGUCACUUAUUAAAGGUCAGUGAAAACUUUGAUGGCCACCGUUUGAUAUUGAAAACGUCCCCUUCUCCUUCUUCUUCUUUUUUUUUGCUGUGAAAAAUAUGACUUCUUCCCUGCCCAGAAGUACAAGCCAGACAAUAUUUGUCAGUUUGGGUUUUUUAGAAAUCCCGUCCCUAUCACUGAAUCCCUGAUGGCAAGAAGUGGUUUUCCUUGCAGGUGACUCAGGCUGGAGCUGAGUAGCCCUGGACCAUCACAGCAACUGCCAGACGAGUCCCCUCGGUGCACACUGUGCCUCUUUAAUUUGCUCGUAUCAUUUAUUCCACAAGACAGGCUGUGGGUUACAAGGUGAUCAAAGCUAAAAUACGGACAGAACAGAAUGACAAUCAGUGCAAGCGUGCAGGCGCAUGUGGAUUUUAAACGUGCCGUCCGCUUAGCCGUGUCAGCAGGCGUGCCUCGCAGAGCUCCCCAUCCCGCAGGCUGAGGCGGCCUGGAGUCUGUUUGGCAGGCGUUGGUGUAGAUAGAUGAGCUUGUGAGCCCACCCCACCGGCAGCCAGCCCGCCCCAGCCCUUGAAAAACGAGAGCUUUCUCUGUGCUAGCUGACUCAAUUGGACAGUUCUGGAAUCUUCCAAGAGCCAGUAAUGCUUUUUGGCCUGUCUUGGUUGGGAGGAACCGCUAGGGAGCGUCCAAAGGGUCCCAAGUGGUUCUAGGGCCGCAUCUCUCUGGGCUGCUGCCUGGACUCGGCCUGGCCCUGUGGCGUCCCCCGCCUGCGCUCCGUAAGGCGGAGCUCUCCAGCCAGCGGCGGUGACGACCGUCAGCUUGCAGGUUUGCUCUGGCAUCUCACGCAGCCUGAGGCCUGAGGCAGAGGCUUGUUGAGCUGCCCCUGCCCCCCGCCCUGCCCCACGGUCUGCAGGCCCGACACGGGGAACCGCCGGGGGGAGCGAGUGGUGCCGCAGCUCCUACCUUACGCACUGCACCUCGGUGGGUCAGGGAGUACCCCGGGCACACUGUGGGGGAGUGGGGGAGCGGCGUCAGUCCGGUCCCCUUGGGAAAUGGUUCCAGCCUCCAUUUUCUUAAACAAGAGAGUAGGGAAGGGUGAGAAGGCAUUGCCUUUCUUUCACACGAAGUGAUGGGGCACCCUUCCUUCUGUGAGUGCUCCGUCACCUUUUGAGGACCACGGGAUUCAGGCACAUGGUGGGCAGGCUAAAGGAAGACAUAAAACACUUCUUUUGGCUGCUGCAUCUACUAGACUCCUUUCCAGGACUAAACUGAGGUCAGUCAAGCUUCUUGAAAAUAGGUAGACAGUGAAAUCCUGGGAUCACCUUUGCUCUGAUCCAUUCGGAUUGUCCCGUUAUUUUGGUUAUUAUAUUUUGGUCCUGUUAUUAUAUUUUGCUGUGAUUUUUGCUUGGAAAGUCCACAAACGUAGACUUCUUCAGGGUCCCAGUGUGGGGGGUGGUGUGUCAGGUUGCUCCCAGCCUGGUUGCUCCUGGGAAUUCGCCAGUAGUGGGGAAGCUGGGAGUGGGAGCGGGGACACACAUGCAAGAUGAUAAGCCGUGUGAGGGAAAGGAAGACACGACUGUCCUUUUGGAGGACAGCUUCUUCCAUGCACUAGUCUUUGCAGGCUGCUCGCAGGACGCAGGAGAAAGACAGUGUCGGGCCGUGAACCAGUGACACACUGUCCCACGCAGACCGCUAUCUCGGCUUGACUGUUUGGCCUAGUGACUCAUGAGACAUCAGAGGCACUUCACAUCUGUCAUGCGUACAGUGCCGGGAGGGCAGACUCUAGAGAGACAGGCCCCCUCUCUGUGUGCCACUGGUUUUUUAAAGAUCAACUGAAGUUGACCUGGUUUUGGUCUUGUAUGUGACUUCCUCGUGCUCACUCCCGAUUCAGCGGUGGGAGAACGGGAGGCUGUCCGCGUUCCCGCUACUAACGUAAGUCUCCUGCCACACAGUGAGCCGUGCAGCCGACGGUGCUAGCAGCCUGCGGUUGUGGUGGGGUCGGCUGCCUUGAAGAGCCCUUUCGAGAGCACUGGCCAGAAACCUGGGGCGGCCUGAACGAGUUCCCUGUGGCCACCUCCCCAGAAAGCAGCAAGCACUGGUGUCGCAUCUAGAAGAGGAGCCACCAGAGGCCUCAGAUUGGAAGUGGGUCUCCUUGCAAGUGAGGUUAGCGUACGGGUGGGCCAGGGCCACCAGGGAGCCAUCGCUGCCAAGACGAUUCCUUGGCUCUUCUGCGGCUCAGAGAGGGAGAAGAAUAGAACAUCACCUUGAGGUUCCUGUAAAGGCACUCCUCCGGGCUCAUUGGGGUGAUACUCUAAUAGGACAGUAAUAGUCUAGUACUGAGGUACAAGGCGCUGCAUGGGAGUGGUUUCCUCCUUACUAAAACGAUAGGGAUGAAUUAUCAAAAUGAAAUGAGAACUUCUAGAGGCAUUUACAAUAUUUGGGUCUGUCUUUGGGUCUGUCUUUGGCUCUAGGAGGGCAAUGAACCAGCAACCCUUAUCUGCAGCGCCUGGCUGGUAGACCUUAGGGUAGGUGGCUUCUGAAUCCAGGAGCAAAUUAAAGGCAGAAAGAAAAACACCCCGCCCCCAAGUUUCCUGGGGUAACUGGUAUGAGCAAAAAUGGGACCUGAGCGGCUACGGAAGAAUCUACAUUUGCCGAGAAGAAAAGCAUAGAGGAAAUACCAAAUCCAAGGGCUAAGCCCGCCCUCUGGGUAAAUCACAUUGCUGGGGAGCCUGGCUCCUUGCAGGGACUUGCUGUGCAACUCGAGGCCAACCCCUCGCCAUCUUCGUGCUUUCUCUUUCCUGCCCCAUCUGGUAGUUAUGACUAUAAAAUGAAAAUCAGCUAACAUGACUCCUGCGAACGAGUACAGUGAAACAUUAGGGAAAGAGAACAAGAUGUAAGAAAAGCAUUGCGGGUGUCUUUAAAACUUGGUCUUUUUGUUUUUGUUUUUUUGCCAGCGUAAAACACGAAAUCUAUAAGAUCACUGGGGCCAUUAGAUCUUCAUAAUGAAGUUCACAUUGCAAAAAGUGUAAGAAGUCUGUAGAACAAAAGACAUUAAUGGCUGUGAAGCUCAAGCUGGUUAUCCUGAGAUAACUGCCUCCUGGCAGGAGGGGCUCUAAGGCUUCAGCUGAGCAGAAGCCCUCUGACAGGGCACGUCUGGCCCCCAGGCUCCCAUGUGACACUUCCCAUGCACCACGACUGACAACUUGGUCAUAACCACGGAAAUAAUGACCAUACCUCCUCAGCCAGCAGGGGCUGGAGGGACUGAGGAGGGUCAUUUUUAAACAUUGCACUUUAAAAAUUGGAAACCGUGAGAUGAAGAAAAAUUCAAUUAAGCGGAAAUGAGUUUUGUUUUAUUGGCUGCUGCUGACGGGCUCUGGGCAUGCUGAAAGCUAAAUAAAAAAAGCACAUCACUGGCUCUCUCUUUCUUGGAUUGGUCCGUUGGCCCUUUUUGCGGUAGUUGCUCCAACUGCUCUAACACGGUGACUGGAGCCAAAAAGAGAGAGCACGGCAAAGCCAUCCCACCCACACACUGCUUGGUAGGACCCCACGGAAAGCACAGUUUCAUGCUGCGAGCUCUGGUGAGGAGGCAGCUGCAGGUCUGGGAGGUGUGCCAAGCAUUCCUUUCCUUAGGGAGGCAGAGCACAGGUGGACAGAGAAGGACACCCCCACUUUCGUCUGCUGCCCACCUAGAGACAGGAACCAUUUGUACUUCCCCACUUGAGGACUGUGUUCAGCCAAACACGUGGGUUCAGGGCUGCAGGGACCCAGAAGCUGCUCUGAACUUGCAUUCAGACCUCAAAGCCCCAGAUCCCCUAAGCUCUGGAUUGUUGCCCUCACCCUUGGCAGUGUAAAUUUUGUACAGUUCAAAAGAAACAUGAAGUCUCAUUUCCUGGAAAAAAUAAAAAAAUUUAAAAAAAGGACCCACCCAUCCCUAUUUAUUGCCAUGUGACUUUGGAACACAGAAGCUGGUGCGUUUGUUUGUAUAUGCCUCCUGUGUGUUGGCAUGAGAUGUGUAUGGUAAAAUUAUGUCAAAUAAAUAUGGAAAUUCUUUAGAAGCAGAUGUGUCUUGCUUUUCAUUUUCGUUCUCUGGACGUUUUUUCUCUUGAUAUAAUUAGGACAAAAAGCUGAGCUGACAUGGGGUCCUUUCACUACUGGAAGGAAACCCAAAAUACAACUCCAAAUGCCAGAACGACUUAGAGCCAUGAAUACCACAAGUGCUCAAUAAAGGUUCGAUUAGAGGAAGUGCUCUGGUUUUCUGGCAGCAAUUUCCUGGGACCCAAUCCUCUGCUCCUAAACUUGGGGGAUGGGCAGGGAAAACCCACUGACCACAUAAUCUUGGUUACUGUUUGUCCUGCUGCAUUUGAGAAGUCCUUCCCACUUAAACAUCUUCUCCCUAGAGGAAGUAUGUGCAAACAUCUGUAUCUGGGUAAGAGGUGGACCGAGGGAUAGAAACACCUUCUCAGAGUCAUAGGGCUCCUCGAUGAGCUUUUCUAGAAAAACCUUCAUUUGGCUUUCUUCUCUGCAAGGGGUGUUAGCGGCGUGCGGAACCCGAAGGUUAAAGGGGGUGGGAAAAGCAACACGGCUUCUUUCAUCAACAAAACUCACAGUCCUCCGAUUUCUUUAGA